AUUGCAUUUGGAGUCAUCAUGCAGGGCCCCGUUCAACACAGGGCUAGGCUAGAAUUCCUCAACGCGAUUCCCCCCCUCCCGAAUUACGUGGCCGGUCUGGGCCGCGGCGCCACCGGGUUCACCACCCGGUCCGAUAUCGGCCCUGCCAGUGCUGCUCCUGACCGGCCUGCUGCUGCCACAGUCGGGGUGGGCCGCGGGAGAGGGAGAGGGAGAGGGACGGGCGGGGAGGAGGAAGAGGAGAAUGAGGAUGUGUAUGAUAAUGAGAGUCAAAGGUUUGAUGAGUUUGAAGGCAAUGAUGUGGGUUUGUUGUAUGCCUGGGCGAAGUACGAUAAGGAGGAUGAGGAAUGGGACGCGGUGAUGGUGAAGAUUGAGGAGGGAAUGGAUAGCCGGAAGGAGAAAAGGGAGGCUAGGUUGAAACGGGAGAUUGAAGAAUACAGGGCGUCUAACCCUACGAUUACCGAGCAGUUCGCUGAUCUGAAAAGGGAGUUGCACACGAUGUCGCCUUCCGAGUGGGAAAGCAUCCCUGAGAGUACUCAUUCGUCGAGGAACAAGAAGAGGAGGAGGUUUGAGAGUUACGUGCCUGUUCCAGACACCCUCCUUGAGAAGGCUAGGCAAGAACAAGCACAUGUCACGGCAUUUGAUCCGAAGAGUUGGGCAGCCGGAGGGACAGAGACCCCUGGGGUUAAUGACUUGACCGUGGUGGGUGAAGGGAGAGGGACCGUCCUGUCGCUCAAACUGGAUAGGCUUUCGGAUUCGGUAUCAGGGUUGACAGUUGUUGAUCCCAAGGGAUACUUGACUGAUCUCAACAGUAUGAAGAUCACCAGUGGUGCCGAAAUAUCGGGUACCAAGAAGGAGAGGAUGGUGCUCAAGUCGCUUAUCCAAGCAAAGCCUGAAGAACCGCUCGGUUGGAUUGCUGCCGCUAGGUUGGAGGAACGCGCUGGUAAGAUUCAGGCUGCAAGGCAGUUGAUAACCAAAGGUUGCGAGGAGUGUCCGGAGAAUGAAGAUGUUUGGAUAGAGGCAUGUCGGUUGUCUAGACCUGAGGAAGCGAAGGCUGUGAUAGCAAGUGGAGUGAAGGCAAUCCCAAACUCUGUGGAGUUGUGGAUGCAGGCCGCAAAGUUAGAGCUCAAGGAUGAGAAUAAGAGUAGGGUGUUGCGGAGGGGACUGGAGCAUGUUCCUAGUUCUGUCCGGCUGUGGAAGGCUGUUGUGGAGCUUGCCCACGAGGAGGACGCAAGGCUUUUGCUGAUGAGGGCUGUGGAAUGCUGCCCUUUGCAUGUGGAGUUGUGGCUUGCUCUUGCUAGGUUGGAAACUUAUGACGUUGCGAAAAAGGUUUUGAAUAAGGCGAGGUUUAGUCUCCCCAAAGAGCCAGCUACUUGGAUUACUGCUGCGAAAUUGGAAGAAGCAAAUGGGAAUAAUGCUAGGGUGGGAAAGAUAAUAGAAAACGGUAUUCGAGCUUUGCGAAAGGUAGGUGUGGUGAUUGACAGAGAUGCUUGGAUGAAAGAGGCGGAGGCCGCUGAACGAGCUGGAUCUGUUGCCACUUGCCAGGCUAUUGUUCAUAACACCAUUGGGGUUGGAGUAGAGGAUGAAGACCGGAAAAGGACAUGGGUUGCCGACGCAGAGGAGUGCGAGAAAAGGGGUUCCAUUGAAACUGCCAGAGCCAUAUAUGCUCAUGCCCUUACAGUAUUUUUGACCAAGAAGAGUAUUUGGCUCAAAGCAGCACAGCUUGAAAAGACUUAUGGGACCAGGGAAUCUCUUGAUGCGAUGCUUCGUAAAGCAGUGACUUACAUGCCACAGGCUGAAGUUCUAUGGUUAAUGGGUGCUAAAGAGAAGUGGCUUGCUGGUGAUGUACCUUCAGCUAGAGCGAUUCUUCAAGAAGCCAAUGCUGCGAUUCCCUACUCUGAGGAGAUUUGGCUUGCUGCAUUCAAGCUUGAAUUUGAGAACCAUGAGCCUGAGAGAGCAAGAAUGCUUCUAGCUAAAGCACGAGAAAGAGGAGGCACAGAAAGAGUGUGGAUGAAGUCUGCUACUGUUGAGAGAGAAUCCGGAAACACUGAUGAGGAGAGGAAGUUACUUGACGAUGGGCUGAAAUACUUCCCUUCAUUUUUCAAACUGUGGUUGAUGCUUGGACAGCUGGAGGAACGCCUUGGUUACUUGGAAAGAGCUAAGGAAGUGUAUGAGUCGGGUUUGAAGCAUUGUUCCAGCUGUGUUCCCCUUUGGCUUUCGCUCGCUAAGCUGGAGGAGAAGAUGCAUGGGUUGAGUAAAGCUAGAGCAGUUCUCACGAUGGCAAGGAAGAAGAAUCCUCAGAGCCCUGAACUUUGGCUUGCUGCUGUUAGAGCUGAAUCAAGGCAUGGGAAUGGGAAGGAAGCAGAUAUUCUGAUGGCUAAGGCGGUGCAGGUGUGCCCCAAUAGUGGUAUACUGUGGGCAGCUUCGAUUGAGAUGGUCCCGCGUCCGCAACGGAAGACAAAGAGCAUGGAUGCGCACAAGAGAUGCGACCACGAUCCACAUGUCAUUGCUGCCAUUGCUAAGCUAUUUUGGCAUGACAGGAAGGUAGACAAAGCAAGGAGUUGGCUUAACAGGGCAGUGACUCUUGGACCGGAUAUUGGGGAUUUCUGGGCAUUGUUCUACAAGUUCGAAAUUCAGUAUGGAACCGAGGAGACUCGGACAGAUAUUUUGAAGAGAUGCAUCGCUGCAGAUCCAAAGCAUGGGGAGAAAUGGCAAGCACUGUCCAAGGCUCUGGAAAAUUCCCACCAGCCAACUGAAGCUGUUUUGAAGAAAGUAGUGGUCGCACUUGGAAAGGAAGAGACUUCUGCCAAGGGUAAUAAUUAAACAUUCGAUAUUUUCUUGUUUGUGUAACUGAGCCUUGAAAGGGAAGUACCACUAUUUCUAUACAGGAUUCAGUAGCUUUGCUGUUAUCCUACAGACAUCUUUUUGGGGCACUGAACU